UGUACUUAUUAGUUAGACAACUGCGACUGAUCGACUACAUAGGACUCUCUUAUUUCUUACUAAGCAAAUAUGCUCUUUUGAUGCUAGCAUUUUCCAGUAAGUCGAAAUAGCAGAGGGAUUUGAUAUACCUGAAAAAAAAACACGAACAUUUGCAAGUGUAAUAGCUAUUGUGGUACUAGUGGUGGAUUGUAUUAGACAGAGACACCAUGAAUUUAAAAUUCGCUGAUGAUGAUGACGCUGCGGCGGCGAUGUAUGCCACGUAUGUUACAUUCCACCUAUCAAUGGCUGAUUUUCACAAACCCACUGGCUCUAUUGUACAACCGCUAGAAGUCGAUCUACCAAAAAUGAUGAAAGUGGAAACUAUGUUUAUCUACCUUCUAGAGGACAAGGUCGUCAUCAGAGAGUAUAAGGGACAGAAACAUUCAAACUCUAUGGUUAUGAUACCAUCAACUAGACCAGGUGAAUUUGCUGUUAUAAGACACCCGGAAUUUGAUUAUUUCGUCCAGUGUUUUUUCGAGGAGGGGGGACUCCGUUCAUUGAUACAAUACUUGACCGAAACACAUGAGACACCCAAGGGGGGAUACACACGCGAGGCACUGGCUGCGUUUUCAUUCGAUCCAGAUAGGUGCUACCAUUUAGGACUAGGGUAUGAGUUUAGGGUCUGCCUUGAGGAACAAUUUGUGCAGAUCACAGCCACUGAGAAUGAUCGGGCUGAAAAGACCAGGACCUUAGAAUGGCAUCUGGAGAUCUCGUUUACAGACCUUUUCAACAUGUUCAAGGACAUUCGAUCAUUACUACCUCAGUUGCCUGUAGAAGAACGCAACUGUCUAGCUCAUUUCCCACUGGAUCAUGCAAACCAAGAGGGGAUGUGGGCGUGUAUUGUGUGCCAAUUCUUCAAUGAUGACUACCACAACAUGCUAUAGACUGACUAAUAUAUAUACAGUUUUUUUUUUUAACAGUUCAGUUUUAAACAUUUCGCAAUUAUUGUUACAUAUAUCAGUGGUGCAAAUAUUACGGAUGGGCACC